AUGUGUCGACUUCUUCUAGGUUUUACUUUGCUCCUUUAUGCCUUAUCCCCGAUAAGCAGCGACUUUGUCAUUGAAGGAAUAAGAAACUUACAGAAAAGAAGCACCGACAAGCCGGUCGCUGAUAUAGAAGUCUACAGUAUAAUUAUCAGCAGUCAGGUGACGUCCCGCUUUGCCCACAAUGUCAUCACAAGUAGAGCUGUUAAUAAUGCCAAUAUCUCAAAAGAAGCCUUCUUUGAUGUGGAUCUGCCAAAAACUGCUUUUAUUACAAAUUUCAGCAUGAUAAUAGAUGGAGUAACUUAUCUAGGAGUCAUCAAAGGAAAGGAAGCUGCUAAAAAACAGUAUGAAAAAGCCGUAUCAAGGGGCCAAACAGCCGGACUUGUCAGGGCUUCUGGUAGAAAGACUGAGAAAUUCACUGUAUCGGUUAAUGUGGCUUCAGAAAGUCAAGUAACAUUUGAGUUGGUCUAUGAAGAAAUGCUGAAACGUCACCUUGGAAAAUAUGAGAUGUUCAUUAAAGUUCAGCCAAAAACUCUUAUAAAAAAAUACGAGAUUGAAGUAGAUAUACAUGAGCCUCAAGGUAUCAGCUUUCUAGAUGCUCAGGCAUCUUUUCUAACAAAUGACCUACUACCGGCUGUAAAAAAAUCUUUUUCUGGAGAAAAGGGCCAUGUCUCUUUUAAACCCACCAUAGAUCAGCAGCGUUCUUGUGCAAACUGUGAGACUACUUUACUGAAUGGAGAUUUUACUGUGACCUACGAUGUUAACAGAGAAUCCCCUGGAAACAUACAGGUUGUCAAUGGAUAUUUUGUUCACUUUUUUGCGCCCCCUAAAUUGUCUGGUGUGCCCAAAAAUGUAGUUUACGUCAUUGACAGAAGUUCUUCAAUGUGGGGUAGAAAAAUAGAGCAGACAAGGGAAGCCCUUCUCCGAAUUCUAAUGGACACCUCAGAGCACGAUCGCUUCAAUUUCAUAUUGUUUGAUAGUGGUAUUUUUCCUUGGAGUAAUUCUUUAGUCAAAGCAACUCCAGAAAAUCUAAGAAAUGCUAGAAACUUUGUCAGUACAAUCACACCUCAAGGUGCAACAAACAUCAAUGACCCUGUGCUGAAGGCGGUUGAUAUACUUAAUAAAGCACAUGAGAGCAAAUCUGUUCCUGAGAGAAGUGUCUCCAUAAUUGUCCUCCUGACUGAUGGUCAAGCUAAUACGGGUGAAGCAAACCCUUCAAGAAUCCAGGAGAAUGCAAAGAAAGCCAUUCAAGGAAGAUACACCUUGUACAGUCUUGGUUUUGGUCAAGGCGUGGAUUAUCCUUUUCUGGAGAAGUUAGCUCUGGAAAAUUCAGGAAUUGCCCGUCGCAUAUAUGAGGACUCGGAUGCAGCUUUACAGUUGCAGGGCUUUUAUAGUGAAAUUGCAAAUCCAACAUUGAUUAACAUAGAAAUGCAGUAUCCUGAGAAUGCUGUAUCUGACCUCACUCAGAACAACUUCAGACAAUACUAUGAAGGGAGUGAAAUUGUUGUUGCUGGACGUGUAAAAGAUAAUGACUUGAAUUCAUUUAAUGUGGAUGUAAAGGCAGAUGGGGCUGAUAAACCAAUCAAAUACACAGAAAAUAUUCAGCUUCAAAGUAAGGAUGAUGUGAGCAAAAAGCAGGAAUACAUCUUUGGUGACUUUACAGAGAGACUCUGGGCAUAUCUCACCAUACAGCAGCUGUUGGAGAAACGGCUUUAUGCAGAUCCUGCAGAAAAAGUGAAUCUAACAGCGGAAGCUCUUGAUCUGUCCCUUAAGUUUAAGUUUGUGACUCCUUUAACAUCAAUGGUAGUUACCAAACCAGAGGAAAAAGAGAAGGAAGAAGAAACAUUAAUUGCUGAUAAACUUGUGGAAGGACAAGACUCAUCUUCUGUAGGACAACAAUGGCAAACUAAUUCAUAUGCUGCGCAAAGUCAAACAGGGCAAUCAAAUUCAUAUGCUGCGCCAAGUCAAACAGGGCAAUCGAAUUCAUAUGCUGCGCCAAGUCAAAGUUACCCCACUUACUCUUCUAGAAAUUUUGUGGAUUCUGACCCUCAUUUUGUAAUAAAUGUUCCAAAAAUGAAUGACUCGCUGUGUUUCAAUAUUCAAGAGAAACCGGGUGUAAUACUAAAUCUUAUCCAGGAUAAAAAACUAGGUAUUGCAGUCAAUGGGCAACUUAUUGGAAACAAAAAUACAAGCACAGACACAUCAAAUGAAACUUAUUUUGGAAGAAUUGGGAUUGUAAACAGAGAGAUGAAGAUAAGAAUUGAGGUGACCACUGACACAGUCACUGUCAUGAACCGUAAAAUCAAGAAAACCUUCUCAUGGCAGGAUACAGACUCUAUCAGCGAGGAGGGGUUUAAUCUGGUGGUCAACAAUGGAAGUAAUGUGACCUUUUCAUUUGGAGAAGGAGCAACAUUUGUCAUUAUUCUGCAUGAAGUUUGGAAAGAUCAUCCUGUUCAUAGGGAUUUCCUGGGUUUUUACACAUUGGACGAUCAUACAUUUUCUGCAGGAGUCCAUGGACUACUAGGACAAUUUUUCCAUGGAAUCAAGUAUAAGAUCUACAAUGUUCACAAAACUGAUAACCCUGAAAAACCAGAUGCAACAAUGAAAGUGAAGAACAAGCUGCUGACAGUGACAAGGGGUGUACAAAGGGACUAUCAAAAAGACUUCAGGAUUCCCUGCUGGUUUGUGCAUUACAAUGGAGAAGGCCUAAUUGAUGGAACCCAUACUGACUACAUUGUACCUGACAUUUUCAGUAUUUCCUAUUAGAAGUGAUUAACAUAGAGAUUUAAUGUAAUUCAUGACUGUUUAUUUUUUUUUUAAUUAUUAGUCAAUUGUAUAGCAUGCUGUUAUAAGGAAAGCUUCCUCCCCUUAAAGUGCCCCUUCCAGUUUAAUUAAAAUUUUGAGGUCAAGUAGAACUUAGCAAUUGGAAAAAAUGCAUAGAAGCAGCCGCUGGUUGGUUAUUCUUUAGGUAUCCUUUAAAGUCUUGAAGCACCUCAUCUACAGUCCCAGAAGACAUUAAGUGAUGUCAUAUGUUAAUAAUAAAUUGUUGUAA